AUGCCUGGAUUGCCUGGACAGCAGACCUGGACUCAUGCGGCGGCGCCGCAUGAUCGAGGUUUUGCAAAAAGGAGCGAUUUUAUUGUAGCCGUUGCUACAUACGGGAAGCUGCGCACCCAGGAGUCAUGUGCUCGCUGCAGGCUUAUGAGAGAUGUGGUUGGCUUUCGGAGGAGACUAAACCUACUGAUUGGACAAGCUCAGGAGAGGUUCAUAACUGCUCUAGACACAGCGCUGAAUGCUGUGGCCGCAGACACGUUUCUGAUCGCCAACCAGGAGUCACAUACCGCCUUUGAGGCUUCUCGGGAAGCGUUCGAAACUAUCCAAGAAGCCCAUGAGGUUUGGGUACGACUGGACGCCAUCGACGCACUCAAAGUACAAUUGGCUUUGCCGGUACUGAUCCGCGCGUAUGAGCACUCUUCUGAAGUUACUGAUCGCACGAUUCGUACUUGGGACGUCAUCGCCACUCGACUGGCCGCGCCAGUGGGCGUAAACAAUGCCUAUCCCAACGUCCAACUUCUUCUCUCUUUGACAAAGUCGUCUCACUUUUUGCUAGAUUGGGUUGUUCCGUGUUUGAUCCAUGAACUUUCAGUAGCUGGCUACCAGGAACAGUCUAGAAUUCUCAACGGACACCCUUGCCAACCUUCAGUUCUCAACGAACAUCUUUGCCAACCUCCAGUUCUCAACGGACACCCUUGCCAACCUUCAGUUCUCAACGGAUACCCUUGCCGACCUCCAGCUCUCAACGGACACCUUUGCCAUCGUCCAGUUCUCAACGGACACCUUUGCCAUCCUUCAGUUCUCAACGAACAUCUUUGCCAACCUCCAGUUCUCAACGGACACCUUUGCCAUCAGGCCAUGUCCAAGCAUCUUCUGCUCUCCUUCCUGAGUCCUUACGGCCCCGUAAACUCGCUCCUCACCCCUCUCAGCCCUCUAUAUCUUCCUCCUCUCGACAGCCCAACCCCAACCACCCCCGCAGACGCUCCGCGACGCCUCCAACCGACCCUCACAAGCCAGCCAACCGACGUUACCGAGAAGGGUUGUAGCGCCAGAGUGCACCAGCCUCGAGGCCGAAAGUGCGCAACUCAUUUGAAGAACAAGGCGCGGUACAGACCCAACUCAGAAGCGGACAGGAAGAGGCGGGAGACAGAGGCUGCUGGCCGAACAGUCUGUGCGGGGUGUGAUAGGGGAGUGGCUGGGCGUGGGCCGAAGAAGUAUUGUUGGAAGUGUUUCCAUAUGAGAGGGGUCACCAGAUUGGAGAGGAACGGGUUGAAUGGUAUUUGUCCUGGGUGCCUUUAUAAGGAGUGCCCGAAUAGGCAGUUUGGUCGAGAGAAUCAUCGGCACGAAGAGCUUUAUUCGGAUAGUGAUGAGGACACCCAGGGGGGUAAUGAUGCCCCUGAGGAGGACGAUGUCGAGAACAACGAUCGAGAGAGCAAAGACGAGGAAAGCAACGAUCGGGAAAGCAGCGAAAAGGAAAACACCAAUGAGGAGCAUGCCGUCUUGGAGAGCAUCGAUAAGAAGGAUAGUGGUGAGGAGGCGGACAUUGGGAAAAGCAACAAUGAGGAGGACAACAAUGACCAAACCGACAACAAAGACGACAAUACGGAAGUAGCCAACAGAGACGAAGGAAAUGACAGUGAAGACGACAGAUGGGAGGGUUGGCAUAGGAAGUUUUGCCUACAAUCGGAGGAACAAGGAAAGGGCUACUGCUGCCGUGGUUGUCUUUGGACAGGAUGUCCAAAUAGGAAGCGUGGUCACUUUGACUUGGAUUAUAAUGUAUGGGAAGUCUUUCCGGACCGCGGCUAUGACACGGAGCAGGAGGAGGACGACGACGACGAAUACGAGAACAACGAGGAGGCUGAUGCAGACGAAGACGAGGAUGAGUACGGUGAUGAUGAUGGUGGAGACGAAGACGAGCAUGGAGAGAAUAGGUCCUAA